UGGCCGCAUCGGCCGCCUGGUCACCCGUGCUGCCGUCCUCUCUGGCAAAGUCCAAGUGGUGGCCAUCAACGAUCCCUUCAUUGAUCUGAACUACAUGGUUUACAUGUUCAAAUAUGACUCCACUCAUGGCCACUUCCGGGGCACUGUCAAGGCUGAGAAUGGGAAACUUGUGAUUAAUGGGAAUGCUAUCACCAUCUUCCAGGAGCGUGACCCCAGCAACAUCAAGUGGGCAGAUGCUGGUGCUGAAUAUGUUGUGGAAUCCACUGGUGUCUUCACCACCAUGGAGAAGGCCGGGGCUCACCUGAAGGGUGGUGCCAAGCGUGUGAUCAUCUCUGCCCCCUCUGCUGAUGCUCCCAUGUUUGUGAUGGGUGUCAACCAUGAGAAGUAUGACAAGUCUCUGAAAAUUGUCAGCAAUGCUUCCUGCACUACUAACUGCCUGGCGCCCUUGGCCAAGGUCAUCCAUGACAACUUUGGCAUCGUGGAGGGUCUCAUGACCACUGUCCAUGCCAUCACAGCCACACAGAAGACAGUGGAUGGGCCCUCUGGGAAGCUCUGGAGGGAUGGCAGAGGUGCUGCUCAGAACAUUAUUCCAGCAUCUACUGGAGCUGCUAAGGCUGUGGGAAAAGUCAUUCCUGAGCUCAAUGGGAAACUUACUGGAAUGGCUUUCCGUGUGCCAACCCCUAAUGUCUCUGUUGUGGACCUGACCUGCCGUCUGGAAAAACCAGCCAAAUAUGAUGACAUCAAGAGGGUAGUGAAGGCUGCUGCUGAUGGGCCCCUGAAGGGCAUCCUGGCAUACACAGAGGACCAGGUUGUCUCUUGUGAUUUCAAUGGUGACAGCCAUUCCUCCACCUUUGAUGCGGGUGCUGGCAUUGCACUGAACGACCAUUUUGUCAAGCUGGUUUCCUGGUAGG